AGCUUCACUCAGCUCGCCUACUGCAGCCGUUCUUCUGAAGUUUUGUCUCGUCAAAAAACCGCUCUCUACCUCCAACGAGUCACGAACGCACUUACAAGCUCUCUUUCUCUGACCCCCCUACCCUACCCGACCCUCCCCCAUACCGCCAUGUCCGCCUACGUGUCGUCGACCCGCGUGGAGGAGCGCAUCGCGAAGCGCGCGAGCCUGAACGCCGGGAGCUGCGACGUGCCCGUUGUGGUGGAGAGCGCGCAGGGCGGCAAGGCGCACUUCAGCGUGCUGCCGCGCGACGCGACGGUUGCGCAGCUGACGAGCGCGGUGCGCCGCCUCGACGGCGUCGACGCGAGGAAGGCGGUGUCGCUUGCGGUGGCGCAGUGCGCCGUUGCGCCGACGACGACGCUUGGCGAGCUGCACGACGCGUGCAAGCAGGCGGACGACGGCAUGCUGUACGUCACCUACACCGCCGAGGCAGAACAUGGGCGGUGCCGUGUGGACGCCGUGCUUUGGCGCCACCUGGAACUAAGCGACGAGACGCACGCGAGCAGGGUUCCCUCCGUGCCGUAG